AUAAUUGCGUGCACUCUUAUAUAUAUAUAUAUAUAUGUGUGUGUGUGUGUGUGUGUUUCACAGUUUACCACCUCUCUCUCUCUCUCUCUCAUAUUAGUAGUUGUGAAAUGGAGGUGGGCAGUAUUCUUGAGUUCAUGGAGGGAAGGUCUAUUCUAGUAACUGGGGCAGCUGGCUUUCUUGCAAAGGUUUUUAUUGAGAAGAUUCUGAGAGUACAACCGAAUGUGAAGAAGCUUUAUCUUCUCUUGAGGGCUCCAGACUCAAACUCAGCUAUGUUAAGGUUUCACACUCAGAUCAUGUCAAAGGAUUUAUUUAGGGUUCUGAAAGAGAAGCAUGGUGGAAAUUUAAAUUCCUUAAUUUCACAAAAAGUUAGAGUUGUGGCUGGAGACAUCACCUGCGAGGAUUUGGGUGUGCAAGACUCAUUGUUGUUAGAGGAAAUGAUUAACGAAGUUGAUGUCGUUGUCAAUUUAGCUGCAAAUACCAACUUUGAUGAAAGAUAUGAUAUUUCAAUUGGAAUAAAUACGCUGGGAGCUAAGCAUGUUUUGAAUUUCGCUAAAAGAUGUGACAAGUUAAAAGUGUUGCUUCACGUAUCGACAGCUUAUGUGAGUGGAGAAAAGGGAGGAUUGAUUUUAGAAAGAGGUUUCAAAAUGGGGGAAACCCUAAAUGGAGCACGUGGACUAGACAUCGACGCCGAGAAGAAGUUGAUAGACGAUACUUUAAAAUCCCUUGAAGCUGAGGGUUGCUCCCACGAAAUCAUUAAAUCCAAAAUGAAGGAUUUGGGAAUUCAAAGAGCAAGAAAAUAUGGAUGGCCAAAUACAUAUGUUUUCACCAAGGCUAUGGGGGAGAUGUUGUUGGGGCAUUUGAGAAACGAAAUGGCUGUCGUAAUUAUUCGACCCACCAUUGUCACAACUACUUACAAAGAACCUUUCCCUGGUUGGGUUGAAGGCAUCAGAACAAUUGACAGCUUAGCUGUUGGAUAUGGCAAAGGCAAAAUUACAUGUUUCGUUUGCGAUCCCGAGAGCAUAGUUGAUGUGAUCCCUGCAGACAUGGUGGUGAAUGCAAUGAUAGUAGCCAUGGCUGCAGCCGGCUCGAAUCAGACGACGAUCUACCACGUCGGAUCCUCUGUGGCGAACCCUCUUGAAAACGCGUCGCUGCAAGACUACGGCCAAAGAUAUUUCCAGAAGCAUCCAUGGAUCAAUAAGGAAGGAAGGCCUGUGAUAGUUGGCAAUGUCAGAGUAUUGAAAUCAAUGGAGAGUUUUCAAAGAUACUUAGCCAUUCGCUACUUGCUACCUUUGAAGGGGCUAGAAAUUGUGAACACGGCUUGCUGCCAUUACUUUGAAGCCAUGUAUAUGGAUAUGUGCAGAAAGAUGAAGUUCGUGUUGCGUUUAGUGGAUCUCUAUGGGCCGUAUUUGUUCUUUAAAGGAUAUUUCGACGACAUGAACACAGAAAAACUAAGAAGAGCAGCGGCAGAAGGAAAUACCGAGGAGAGUGAUAUGUUUUAUUUUGAUCCAAAAAUCAUAGAUUGGGAAGAUUACUUCAUGAGCGUUCACGGUCCUGGAAUUGUAAAAUAUGUGUUCAAAUAAUUAUACUUAAUUUGCAUGCAUUCUGAUUUUCAAGAUUGGAAGCUUCAAGUUGUGAAAA